GGACGGCACGACAGUUUUUGGCUGAUGGGGAAAGGGACUUUGGGGGCUGUAAUUUGAAUAACAGGGCUUGAAGAGUUUUUUAUCCCGACCUCCAAAGGAGGCUGGUGGGGCCCUGCCCUUCCCCCACUUAAAAAACCACCAGAUUCCUUUAGGGCCUCUCACCCGCUGGAGGAAUGUAAACCAGUUCGGUCUGGUCAGUGAGUCGGUGACCAGUGAAAUCAUAGAAUGUGGAGAAACUGGAAGCGUAUGUGGAGAGCAGGAAGCGCAUGCCUGCUGUAUGCUGGGGAGGCCAUUUUCCGCUUCUAGGAAGAGUGAGGGCGCUGAGAGAGAAAGGAAGGGGAAGAGAGGGCUCAGCGCCUCCCCGCCGGACCGGAGAAGAGGGACAGUUUUGGCAGGCGGGUGAGGUCGCUGACGGCCUGAAGAUGUUUUCCCUGUCGAGCACCGUGCAGCCCCAGGUUACAGUUCCUCUGAGUCAUCUCAUCAAUGCCUUCCAUUCACCGAAAAAAACAUCAGUUUCUGUCAGUGCAUCCAUUUCUCAAAACCAGCAUCGAGAUGUUGGGUCUGAGCAUGAGGCCCCCAGCAGUGAGCCUGUACUUAACUUAAGGGACCUUGGAUUAUCUGAAUUAAAAAUUGGACAGAUUGAUCAACUGGUAGACAGUCUACUUCCUGGAUUUUGUAAAGACAAUAAUGUUUCUUCCCAUUGGCAUACGUCUCAUGUAUCUGCACAGUCCUUCUUUGAAAAUAAAUAUGGUUGCUUAGAUCUGUUUAGUACUUUACGUUCCUCUUGCUUGUACAGACAACAUUCAAGAACUCUGAAAAGAAUUUGUUCAGAUCUUCAGUACUGGCCAGUUUUCAUACAGUCUCGGGGUUUUAAAACUUUGAAAUCAAGGACACGGCGUCUGCAGUCCACCUCUGAAAGAUUAGCAGAAACGCAGCACACAGCACCGUCAUUUGUGAAGGGGUUUCUUUUGCGGGACAGAGGAUCAGAUGUUGAGAGUUUGGAUAAACUCAUGAAAACCAAAAACAUACCUGAAGCUCAUCAAGAUGCAUUUAAAACUGGUUUUGCAGAGGGUUUCCUGAAAGCUCAAGCGCUAACACAAAAAACCAAUGAUUCUUUAAGAAGAACUCGUCUGAUUGUUUUUAUUCUGCUGGUAGUUGGCAUUUAUGGACUCUUAAAGAACCCAUUUUUAUCUGUCCGCUUCCGGACAACAACGGGGCUUGAUUCUGCUGUAGAUCCUGUGCAGAUGAAAAAUGUUACCUUUGAACAUGUUAAAGGAGUGGAGGAAGCUAAACAGGAAUUACAGGAAGUUGUUGAGUUUUUGAAAAAUCCACAAAAAUUUACUGUUCUUGGAGGUAAACUUCCGAAAGGAAUUCUUUUAGUUGGACCACCAGGAACAGGAAAGACACUUCUUGCCCGAGCUGUUGCUGGAGAAGCUGAUGUUCCUUUUUAUUAUGCUUCUGGAUCAGAAUUUGAUGAGAUGUUUGUGGGUGUGGGAGCCAGCCGUAUAAGAAAUCUUUUUAGGGAAGCAAAAGCAAAUGCCCCUUGUGUUAUAUUCAUUGAUGAAUUGGAUUCUGUUGGUGGGAAACGAAUUGAAUCUCCAAUGCAUCCAUAUUCACGGCAGACUAUAAAUCAACUUCUGGCUGAAAUGGAUGGUUUUAAACCCAACGAAGGAGUUAUCAUCAUAGGUGCCACAAAUUUCCCGGAGGCAUUAGAUAAUGCCUUAAUACGCCCUGGUCGCUUUGACAUGCAGGUUACAGUUCCAAGGCCAGAUGUGAAAGGUCGGACAGAAAUCUUGAAGUGGUACCUCAAUAAAAUAAAGUUUGAUCAAUCUGUUGACCCAGAAAUCAUAGCUCGAGGCACUGUUGGCUUUUCUGGAGCAGAGUUGGAGAACCUUGUGAACCAGGCUGCGUUAAAGGCAGCUGUCGAUGGAAAAGAGAUGGUGACUAUGAAGGAGCUGGAGUUCUCCAAAGACAAAAUCCUGAUGGGGCCUGAGCGUAGAAGUGUGGAAAUCGAUAAUAAAAACAAAACGAUCACAGCGUAUCAUGAGUCUGGUCAUGCUAUUAUUGCAUAUUACACGAAAGAUGCAAUGCCUAUCAACAAAGCUACAAUCAUGCCUCGGGGGCCAACACUUGGGCAUGUGUCCCUGUUGCCUGAGAAUGAUCGGUGGAAUGAAACUAGAGCUCAGCUGCUUGCCCAGAUGGACGUCAGCAUGGGCGGAAGAGUGGCAGAGGAACUUAUAUUUGGAAGUGACCAUAUUACAACAGGUGCUUCCAGUGAUUUUGAUAAUGCAACCAAAAUAGCAAAGCGCAUGGUCACCAAAUUUGGAAUGAGUGAAAAGCUUGGAGUUAUGACCUACAGUGAUACAGGGAAACUGAGUCCAGAAACUCAAUCUGCUAUUGAACAGGAAAUCAGAAUCCUUUUGAGGGAUUCAUAUGAGCGAGCAAAACAUAUCUUGAAGACUCAUGCAAAAGAGCACAAGAAUCUGGCAGAAGCUUUAUUGACCUACGAGACUUUGGAUGCCAAAGAGAUUCAAAUUGUUCUUGAGGGGAAGAAGUUGGAAGUGAGAUGAUAGCUCUUCAAAUGGAUGUAUUGCUGGUUUUAUUGCAAGACCACAAGUAGCAUUGAAGCAGUCUUCUUUUGCAACUCUUUUUCCCAUUCUUGACUUGGUAUCAUUCAGAGGUGUGAAACACUUUGUCAGUCUUUUGUCACAUUCAUCUAAUUUUGAUUAUUCUCAUGAUGGACACCUAUUGCAAGUAGCAAAUUUAUGAAAAUAAAGAGCUAUCAGGAUUGAAAACAGC